AUGGUGUGCUGGGUUAAGUGCUCCUGCCUUGUGCUAACGGUAUGGGUUUCCGUUUCGUUGCUUCUUGUGUCAUGUGACACAUCAGCUCACGAUGAAGGACUUAAUGUUAAACAGACUACAGUGACAGACUCUGGUUUAUCCAAUGAGGCUUUAAGGCAACUGACUGAAAAUUCUGAUGAACAUUUAUUUUCGGCGGAAGUACCAAAGAUGAUGAAACUCAUAAUAAAUUCGGUGUAUUCGAAUAAAGAGAUAUUUGUUCGCGAACUUGUUUCAAAUGCUGCUGAUGCGGUCGAAAAUAUCCGCUUCCUCUCCAUAACGAACACAGACGCAUUGUCAUCUCUGCCAGACUUGUCAAUUAUGAUCAAAACUGAUCCGCAGGAAAAAAUAAUUUCAAUAAGAGAUACUGGUAUUGGAAUGACAAAAGACGAGUUGGUCAAAAAUUUGGGCACAAUUGCAAAAUCUGGCACCUCUGAGCUUAUUGCAAAGCUUUCUGAAGGAAAUGUUACCGCUCCUUCUGACCUCAUUGGCCAAUUCGGCGUAGGAUUUUACUCGGCGUUUUUAGUUGCUGAUCGUGUAACUGUCAUUUCAAAGAGUAACGAUGAUGAUCAGUAUGUUUGGGAGUCGGACUCCACAUCUUUCAAAAUCGCAAAAGACCCCAGAGGCAAUACACUUGGUCGCGGUACUGAGGUUAUUUUGCAUUUGAAGGAUGAGGCAAAAGAGUAUCUGCAGCCAGAAGUUUUGAAAAGGAUUCUUAAAAAGUAUAGUCAGUUUGUCAUGUGCCCGAUCAAACUGUGGGAAAGUCACACUGAAAAGGUUGAAGUUGAGACGGAUGAGGAAGAAUCAGAUUCGUCCGGUGAAGUUUCGGUGGAAGAGGAUAAGCCUAAAGCAGAGAAAAAGACUACCGAAAAAACUGUCUGGGACUGGGUUCAGUUAAAUGACCAGAAGCCUAUUUGGACUAAAAAGCCUUCCGAAGUAGCGGUCGAAGACUACAAGGAACUUUUCAAAAUAUUAUCUCGGUCGAGUGAGAGCCCACUUGCGUAUAUCCACUUUUCCGCCGAGGGCGAGGUAUCGUUUAACGCCGUUCUCUUUAUCAGCCCAACCCCACGUCCCGACUUUUUCCAAACCGAUAAGAUAAUCACUGACAACAUUAAGCUAUACGUUAGAAGAGUAUUUAUAACAGAAAAUGUCGAUGAGAUGCUCCCUCGUUACUUGAGCUUCGUUUACGGCAUUGUUGACAGUGACAAUCUCCCACUAAAUGUUUCACGCGAAACCCUGCAGCAGCUCAAACUUCUUAAGCUCAUUAAGAAAAAGCUGGUUCGCAAAGUUAUUGAGAUGCUUCAGAAGAUGUCCAAAGAGGAUUACGAGAAGUUUUGGAAGGCAUACGCUGUUGCGAUAAAGUUAGGUAUCCUCCAGGAUAUGCCCAACAAAGCACGACUGACUGACCUCUUGCGUUUUCAUACGUCCAAGUCAGAGACAAACCUCACGUCUUUCAGUGAGUACAUUUCUCGUAUGAAGGAGGAUCAGGAUCGUAUAUUUUACAUCAAUGGGCAAAACCUGGACGAGGUCAAGAACUCCCCCUUCGUUGAGCGCGUCACACGGAUGGGUUAUGAGGUUAUCUACUUUACUGAACCCAUGGACGAAUAUGUAAUGCAGUCGCUGAACGAGGUUAAGGAUAAGAAGACUCAAAAUCUAGCGAAGGCAGGUCUUGACUUGAAACUAGACAAGGAAUCAAAGGAGAAGUUCGAAGAACAGGAGAAAUCAUUUAAGCCACUAACCGAUUGGCUGAAGAAUACAGGCCUAUCCGGUAAAAUCAAAGACGCCAAGAUCUCCCAGCGUCUUGAGAACAGUCCUUGUGCGCUAGUGGCUGAUGAGUACACGUUGUCAGGGAAUUUCCAAAGAAUAAUCAUGUCACAAGCAUAUGCCACUUCUGAUUCCUCUAGUAACGCUUACUACCUCAACCAAAAGCACACACUGGAGAUCAACCCUCGUCACCCUCUCAUAAAGGAGUUGAAUGAGCGCAUCCAGCUUGAUCCUAACGAUGAAGCUGCCAAAGAAAACACUCUCCUGCUGUUCGACACAGCUCUUUUGCGCUCUGGGUUCAUCAUGAAAGACCUCCCUGGCUUCGCCGAUCGUGUUGAACGUGUGAUGCGCAAAAACUUGGACGUCGGAUUGGAUGAGAAGGUAGAGCCUGAUGAGCAAAUCCCACAGACGCCGGAUGACAACAAGGAUGAUGUCACAAACACCGAGGCGGAGUCAGUGGAUGUGAAGGAGGAAUUGUGA